CCCUUUAGAUUUUCCUGCUAAUAAAAGUAUUGUCCAGAAUAACGAAUUGCCCCCCGUGACAAACGAAUUGUCUGUGACUCUACGAUUGAAUAUUCCUAAUCAUGAUUCAGAAACUGUUAUUUUUCAUAAAGGCGCGGGUGAAAAUCGUAGUCCCAGGCUUUUUCUACAUCCAAAUAACUCAGCACCACUCCCAGUAUGUUCGACGAACACUAACAUGAAUUUGUUCUUUACUGUCGGAACUGGACUUAAGACGAACAAAUGGUACCAUAUAGGAUACACACUUUCUGAACCUAAGAAAC